CCCCCUAAGCGAGCCGGCGUCUCCCGCGAGCCGCCUGCGCGUCGCUCUCCGUGUUCCCGACCCUCCUUCCAGCUUCUCUUGUUCUCCCGUCAUCCCCCCCCCUUCCCGUCGCUGCCCUCCAGUGUUGCUCCUUCUCCCCCCCACCUUGACUACCCCUCUUUCCCCCCCCCCCCCCCGCCAACUCCUCGGGUUGGGCCAAGCAACGAAGUCGGAGGGCGCAGGAGAGCCAGCAAGCGGGCGAGCCCGUCGGAGGUUGCCAAGGCAUUGGCUGGCUGGCGCCGGAGGGGACCCCCCCCCUGCAGCCUCUCUCCCCUCCCCUCGCUCCCACCUCGUCGCCUCUUGAGAUUCCGGCCAGCUCCCGAGGAGAGAAGAGUAGAGCGAGGAGCGGGGGGGAGAAAUACGCCCUCCCCCCAGCCCCUGGGCAGAAACAUGAGUGAGCAGAGCAUCUGCCAAGCACGAGCUGCUGUAAUGGUCUACGAUGAUGCCAAUAAGAAGUGGGUACCAGCUGGUGGGUCCACUGGAUUUAGCAGAGUUCAUAUAUAUCAUCACACAGGCAACAAUACGUUCAGAGUAGUUGGCAGGAAGAUUCAGGAUCAUCAGGUGGUGAUCAAUUGUGCCAUUCCAAAAGGACUGAAGUACAAUCAAGCAACACAGACUUUCCAUCAGUGGCGGGAUGCUAGACAAGUGUAUGGUCUCAACUUUGGCAGCAAAGAAGAUGCUAAUGUUUUUGCGAGUGCCAUGAUGCAUGCUUUAGAAGUGUUAAAUUCACAAGAAUCUGGUCCAACGCUGCCUAGACAAAAUGCACAACUUCCCCCACAAGUGCAGAAUGGCCCAUCACAGGAAGAUCUGGAAAUUCAGAGAAGGCAGCUGCAGGAACAGCAACGACAGAAAGAAUUGGAAAGGGAGAGGCAGGAACGGGAGAGGUUGGAAAGAGAGAGGCUAGAAAAGGAAAGACUGGACAGAGAGCGAUUGGAACAGGAACAACUGGAGAGGGACCGGCAAGAACGAGAGCGGCAAGAGCGCCUAGAAAGAGAGAGGCAAGAACGUGAAAGACAAGAACGGGAGAGAUUGGAAUGGGAAAGGCAAGAAAGGGAACACCAGGAACAGCUAGAGAGAGAGCAACUGGAAUGGGAAAGGGAAAGAAAACUGUCAAGUGCUGCUCCAUCUUACGACAGCUCCCCGUAUAGCACUUCACUUCCUGAAUACUCCAGCUGCCAGCCUCCUUCAGCACCUCCUCCAUCCUAUGCUAAAGCAAUGUCAGACUGUACUCCGGAUUAUGCUGUAGUGGUUUCUGCACAGCCAGUUUCCUCCCCCCCUACACCACCUCUAAGGCACUCUGCAUCACGUUUUGCUACAUCGUUGGGUUCAGCCUUCCACCCUGUUCUUCCCCAUUAUGCCACAGUUCCUCGCCCUCUGAACAAAACUUCUCGACCACCUUCACCUGUGAAUCCCCCAGUGUCUCUGACAUCAAGCGCCAAGUCCACUACUUGGUCAGCUUCUAGUUUUGCACCUCUUCCCCCAUCUCCUCCUGUAAUGAUUAGCAGCCCUCCUGGCAAAGCCACAGGUCCAAAGCCUGUUCUACCGAUUCCUGUUACUGCUCAAUUACCCCAGAUGUCACUGUCCCCUACAGCACCCAAUGGGCUUCCAGAAUUGGCAAACUAUCCAGCUCCUUCACCACCUACCUCAGGUCCAACCCCUGUACCACCUUCCUUUCAGCCUCUUUCACUUUCUGGACCUCAAGCUGGUUCUCCAAGCUCCCCUAAUUCCUCGGCUCCCUCAUCCAAGCCUAGUGUUCUCCCUUCUCCCUCUGCAGCUCCCCCUGCCUCUGUUGAGAACUCUCUAAACUCUGUGCUGGGAGACUCCUUUGCUUCUGAGCCAGUCUUGCAGACAGCCUCUCAGCCGAUUGAACCUCCAUCCCAGCAGGGUGUUAUCCAAGGGCCUGCACCUCCACCACCCCCACCUCUGCCAGCUGGCCCUGUUCAUUCCCCAUCAGCCAUCCUACCUCCCCCAGGGCCGCCACCACCACCACCUCUUCUACCAUCAGGGCCACCACCGCCACCACCGCCUCCUCCUCCUCCACCACCACCCCUCCCUAACCAGGUUCCUUUUCCACCUCCUGCCCCUCCUUUGCCUGCCACUGGUUUUUCCAUGGGAUCGAUGUCUGAAGACCACCGCCCUUUAACAGGACUAGCAGCUGCUCUUGCUGGAGCCAAACUUAGAAAAGUAUCUCGGAAUGAAGAGUCUCCUAACCCAAGUGGAGGAACAAGCUCUGCUUCACCUAAAACAGAUGCUGGGCGUGGAAAUGGGCCGCUACCCCUAGGAGGAAGUGGAUUAAUGGAGGAAAUGAGUGCACUUCUGGCUAGAAGGAGAAGAAUUGCUGAGAAAGGAUCAUCAGAAGUGGAACCAAAAGAUGAAAAGAAUGAAGAGCCAGAGCCUUCAGCAUCUAAGCCUCCUUCAACAAGCACACCUGAAUUAACAAGAAAGCCUUGGGAGAGAACAAACACAAUGAAUGGAAGCAAGUCUCCUAUUAUUUCAAGACCAAAAUCUGCAACCUCCUCUGGGCAACCCAGUACUAAUGGAGUACAGUCUGAAGGGCUAGACUAUGACAGAUUGAAACAGGAUAUUUUAGAUGAAAUGAGAAAGGAAUUAACAAAAUUAAAAGAAGAAUUAAUUGAAGCUAUCAGGCAAGAACUGAGCAAGUCAAACGCAGCAUAGAAAGACUAGGACUAAGAUGUUGUGACCACUGGUCUUGGUACAAAAUCAACUAAAUUUUAUGAGCUGUUUAGAAGAAAGUGGAUCACCCAAUUGGAAGAAGGGGAAAGCAAGAUUUUGGAAAUUUUCAGACAACAUUCUGGUGGUAUACUAUUUCCCUUUGCUGCUGUUUUCUGACUUUUCAACAGGGUGGAAAAUAGUCUUAAGUUGCAGUAAUGAUUUAUGCAGAAACUCCUGUACCUGUCAAGACACGAUCACAGUGCAUUGAAAUGUUUUCAUAUCAAGAUGAGGCUAUGCGCCUCACUGUUCAUUGUUUAAGACAUAAAAAGAAAAAAGCUUGAAGGCUUUUCAGAGAGGUUUUCUUUAUUAAUAAAGAGUUUAGCAAGUUAUACUGUUGUACUGCAAGAGUAUCUCAGGUUAGUCUUCCUAUCAUAUUUGAUAUUUCCAUGAAGAAUUUAAAAGAUCAAACAUGACUUCAGCUCACAAAAUAAAGAACAGAUGACAGGACUGUGUGUUGUAACACAAUAUUGGUGAAUAAGAGACUUACAAUAUUAUACUCCAUAACAUUUUGGAAUCUUAUUACAGGAAGCCUCUCUUGUUAGCCUUCAUACAGUUUCAUAGGGGAAAAUGUAAGUGCUGUCCAGACUAUAAAGAUGUAGAUGCCUUCCUAAAUUGUAAUGCUUUACCAAAUCUAAGACUUCUCCAGAACACAAAUCUGUUGUCAAAUAUAAAUGGUUAGAUUGUUAUCAUAGGUUUUCAAGCUUUUUUAAGAUUUAUGCAUGUAGACAUUUUUGUAAUAUAAAACGACCGCAGAGUUGGCUAUUUAAUUUAAAACAUCCUUGCAUGCCACAAAUAUUAAGUAGCCUCUUUAUGGUAAGGCCUAGUUACUGCCCAGGCAAUAUUUGGAAGAUGUAGAGUUGGGAAUAGGGGUAACUUUUUAUUUUAAACAAUUUGUAUUAAUUACUGCACUAUUUUUCCUUAUAUUGCAUGUGUGUGUAAUAAUAAGGAAAAUAUUGUGAUCUAUCAGUAACCAUGUUAAAUAGAACCUGGUACUUGAUACUUUUUGUACCAUUUGCUUUAAUUCUUUGUAUUUCAAACAUAGUCGUGCUUCAGCAACAGUUCUGGAAACUCAAGUCAAUUUUGCUGCUUUUCUUAACUGGGUCUGAAGUUAAUUAUCAUGAUUAAACUUGGAAAUUAUUUGAAAGAAUCUUUUGCAAACAAAAAUAAUAGCAUUAUUUACACAACAGUUACUUUACCUGUGUAUUGAGGCAGGUUUUGUUUAAUUUGGAAGUGAAACGUUAGAGCCUGUGCAAUCAUUACACUCUCAGAGAUUGGGAGUAGGUGAUGAGAAUGUACAUUUCUUUCUUUCCCCUCUUCUGUUUUGCAAAAGUUCCUCCCGCCCUGCCCAAGGUAUCCAUGAUAAAUGAGCUUCCAGCUAUAGUUUCAGAUCCUUGUGAAGCAGAACCCUGAUUAUCAUUAACAGUUGGUGCUCAUGUAUUCUUUCAUCCUGGCUAAGGCCAGCAAAGGGGAACUCACGCUAGAGAGAAGCGGAGGGGUUGGGAGCAGGAUCCUGCAACCUGCUCUCAGUCCUAUGCGUUAGACCUUGGUAACUAACAAUCAAACAUUGACAAAAGUAAUUAUAUGUCAAGAGUGGUAGUGGCAAUAGUUUCACUUCUAGAAUGAUGGAAUUUACUGUCUUAGUUAUGUUCAUCUUUUAUUUCAGUAUCUGAACAUUAUUAAAAUAUAUCAAGAAAAUUUCCAAGAAGGGCAGUGGGUGGGACGGGGGGGGGGGAUAUCCUGCAAUUAAAAAUUAAGUGAUUUGGCAAAUUAUGUGCAACAAAUAAUUUAUUGCAUCUUGAAUUUUCGAUUAUAAUCGUGCCAUAUUUAUUUUGUGAGUUAUUCUGAUUUUAACAUAAUUUGCCAUUUUGGACAGAAUUAUUCAGUUUCUUGGAUGACCUACUUCCAUCUAGCUUAGUUCAUAAGAAAGCUUUAACUAGCAUAUCCUCCCUAGUGUUGAACACCAAAGCAAAUUUAACAGCAUUUGUUUGCUGCUUGAAUAAAAAAAAAUAUAUUCCCCUCUUUCCAUAUGAUGGAGGAAUGGCUUAUAAAGUGUAAUCCCAAUUCAGUGGUUAUUUUUUUUUAAAAAAAAUCCUCUGCAUGCAUUAGUUGAAGGCAUUUAGAUCUAAAGAUAAGCAAAUGCAGUUGCUCUCAAAUUAAGGAGGCACUUUCAUCUUUUAACAAUUAACUUUUAUGUUUAAACAGUAUAACCUUAACAGCUUACUCUUGUCAGAAAUCAUGUUUGAUUUUGCUUGUAAAGAAAAUUCAGAGAUAGUUUAAGAGGAUAUUGUAGGUGUCCAUGGUCCAGUGCUAAGAAAAUUAAGUUACUAGGUUGUGAAUGAAACUGGUUAAUGCACUAAACGUUUUGUGCCUUGGUCUAAAAUUUUAACAUGAUUUCUGCGUAAAAGAAAAAAUGGUUCUGUACUCUUUCUACAUGCACAUUUACAAGAUCUUUAAUUGGACUGUUCCAGGGAAUCCAGUUUGAUAAACUAUAAAUUCAUGCUGUUGUACUGGCAGCUAUGGCAUUGCCAGAUAGUUCUGUAAUUAAAAUGAGCUACUACAGAAGCAGUUUAGGUUAUUUUAAUUUCUGUUCUUGGGAGGGAAAAAAAAGAUGGUUCCUGUGCUUUUGUACAGCGGUUGCCUUAACCUGAAUAUGGUUUAGGGGAUCACUUUUAAUUCCAGGAAGGUUUUGCUUUCCUUAACACUGUGAUCUGAUCUGUGAUAAAUCUGUCCUAUCCAUACACAAGUGGCUAACAAGUUAAUUGCAAACAAACUGAAUGUACAAAUCUUAGUGCUGGUGCUGAAAUCUCUUCAGAGUUGUCAUGAAACAAAGUUCAUUGUUCAAAAAUGUUUAGCAAGCAUCAAGUGUCAAUCAAAACUGAAGAUGAAACACUAAUGAAUGUUGAAUUUUCAUGCAUUUAGUUUUACCUCCUUUAGAGUUUUUCAGUUAAUUCUCUGCUAUUUUUAUCAUUCUGUGUCAUGUUAAAAUUUCUUAAAUGCUAACUUGUUUUGUUUGAGCAGAUGAAAUAAAAUUGCAAUAUAUACAUGCUGUUGCUACUGUUUGUGAAAUUUGGCUUACUGUGGAAAAUCAAGACCAUUCUUACCAUGUUUAAACAACCUGAUUUCUUUGAUUUGUAAUACUUUGCUGAUGCCCUUCUAAAUUUGUAAUUUUUGAAAUGUGCUACUAUAUCAAGGAAAUGUAAAGCAGUAUGCUUAUAACUCAGCACAUCUCCUGAAUCUAAGCAAUUACUGCUAUUUUCUUAAUUUGAAUUGCUUUGGAUCUUUGAUUUCUGUCCCUUUUCCAGACUUCAAGGUAUGUACAUAUAAAUCACACAUGCCCAUAAAUUUCACUCGAGCACUGUAGUGUUCACUGUUUGCUUUGACAGUCUCCAUUUCCUGUUGUCUUUGAUUAAUUGAUUAAUUAUAUUUAUAUACAGCCCCUCCCUAUAUAGGCUUUGCUGCCAUUGUGUAUUGAGUAUAAAGACACGCUAUUUUCACUUAUUUUGUCAAACUUCCACCACUAUCAAAACACUUCUAGAAAUAGAUUUUAAUUUGUUAUUCCACUUGGUAUUUUAUGUGGCCUGGCAGAAUAGAUUUUUGAUAUGAAAAUCUUCCAUUUUCAAGUUAGAAAGAUAAAAACUAAAACAAAGUGCAGUCAUUGACUGAGUCAAACAAAAUUGCAGUUGAUUAAGAAUCUGGACAAAACAACAUUAGAUUGAGGAUAAGAUACAGAUAACUAAAAUUAAAUGAAAAGUUAAUUUGUACUUGGGGGAGAUGGUAAAUUGGAUUCAGCUACCCUGGGGAGGAGUCUAAUUGACUAGUUAGGAAAUACAACAUGUAAACAAGAAGCCCUAGAUGAGUCGGAUGGAGUGGCAUUUUGAAGCUUGCACAUAUUAAAUCACUCAGACUUUUCACUAAGGUGGGUGGGCCUCCCUCCACUAAGGUGGGUAGGUUUUUUUUAAAAUGUAUGCACACAGACUAUUGAGAGUCACCAUCUUGCAGUGAGUGUUCUUGAGAGUCAAAGGUGAUAGAGCACAUGCAACCAUCUUCUCAGCUUAGAUCACUAUAACCAUUUGUCUUUUCAUUUGAUACUUGUGCCAAGGUGACCUGUUCUUAAUCAUUACAUGCCACAGGCAUUUAUCAAUAUAAAAUGUAGUAACAUCAGCAAGGACUGCUUCUACAUCUGAAAUUCCACAUACUUCCUCCAUCCUUACUUAAAACACCCGGCGUUCUUGCUGUCUAAGAUUUUUGUCCUUCUGUUCUCUGCUUGGUGAAUUGUCCUAUUCCACAUGCUGUCACACCCUUGUCUACUCAAUUGUAUGCCAGUGGUGUUACCAUGAUGCUGAUAUUGUUGGUAAUUGCCAGAACACUUUUGCUGAACCAACAGCCUAACAGUUAGGCUGGUACAGUAUCUGGGCAAACAAGGAAUCAAAACCAAAGGUAGUGCUCCCUUGACUUAACAGCACCUGUGCUAGCAGAAUGGCACAUCCUUUGGAAGGGGAAUGAUUUUUGCUUCCUCUGCAGAUGCUUGUCUUCCCCCCCCCCACACACACACAGAUAAGGUCUCAUAACCCCCAGCAGCAGGAUUUCAGGGCUCUCAGUAGGCUGCAGCAAAAGGGGGCAUGUAGAAAAAACCCUUUCCCCAAUCUGUGUUACACUUAUGACACUUGGAAUCCACCCCAAGGCCAUCAGUCAGCUGUUGCACAUGUGUAUACUUGGUAGCAUUUAAUUUUUUUCUUACACUCUCUUGGAGCAACGUCUAAAGUUGCUGUAUGAUUUCCAGUUAUAAUGGCAUAGAUACUGAGCAUUUGGUGAACAAUCUCUCAAGGCAGUAGAAAAUGCCUCUGAUUGUGUUCUGCUAUUUUUAAGAUUUGCUUUCUGAUAUCUUUUGGGAAACGUGUGCCAUGAAUUCAGGGGAGUAAUUACUUAGUCUAGGCAGGAUAGCCACCCUGAGGUUUGUUUAAAAAGUUAUUUAAAUUUGAAGAAUUGUUGUCAGGGUCCCAUGCAGUGUGUAGAGAGUGGCUGCUUUAUGGAACUGGAGAUAAAGUACAAGCAGCAAAUUAAGCAACUGCAUCUCAUGAAACUGCCGCAACAUGAAAAUGUUGGGUUGGGUGGUGAUGGUAUGGGUGGGAACUCCCUUGGGCAGAAUUCUCUGCAGAAAUUGAGAAAUUGAGGAAAGCAUACUUUCCAAGACCUCUUCCUACUUUGUCUUCAUCUGGGCCAGCCAAGAAGAUAAGAAGCAGUGUGAGAAACUCGUGCUGCCUAAGGGGACAUUACAUAAAGUGAUGGGCAGACUUCUUAAAUAACACAAAGUCUUAGCAUUUGCCUAACUGGAAUUACCUGAUGCCUGUUAUAACGGCAGGGAUCUGUGUGGGAAAUUCACUGCCUCCAGCUUUCCCCAAGACACUUCACCCAAUUACAGAAAGCAAAUCUGGCAUGGCGGAGCAUGGGCAGUGCUCUGCUAAACCGGAUGCAAUAAAGGAAGGGGAUUCAGUAAGUAUUUUUUUACAUAACCAGAUGAGAGGUAGCACCUGUCUAGGAAAAAUAAGCCUAUCCAUAUCACAAAUCUCCAGCAAAGAUUCCUUUUGAAAAUAUAUUUAAAAGUUCUUUUUAAAAAUUUGUGAAGCUGUCAGCUCUCUAAAAAAGCUGUCCAUCAUUUUAAAAAACAAGGCCAUUUUUAUUUUUCUUCAAAAGCUGGCUAAUAAGGCAGAUCUUGUCUUGCACAAAAGAUCUACAGUGACUUUGAAAUGUCAUGCCCUUACAGCAUUUUCGACAUUUUAAGACCUCUAUGAUUACUUAAAAGGAGAAUGCUGCUUUAGUAGGUUGUGUUUCUUAUUAAGAAGAAUCAUCGCUUCAUGCCAUGAAUGCAAAAACUGGAAGGAAAAGCCACAGCGUUGGUUUAAUAAAUGGUGACUGAUGUCAUGAAUUAAAGCUUAGUAGAGAGUCUAUAAGUGAGGACCAAGUUCAUAGUUUCCUUGUGUGGCAAAACAGACUACUCGUGCAAAUUCAGGGAGAAAAAAACACCCUCUGUCCAUUCUGAAAUCUUCCCUAGAUUUGGAUUCUGUUCCAUUACUAGUUCUUACAUUCCUGUAUUAACCAAAUUGAUCCCACUUUAUUUUGUGUGUACCGUCAGCAAUAAUUCGUUGUGAGAUUCCGAAAGAUUGUCUUGCAGACUCACUGCUGGAUCUUGCAUUUGUAACACAAUCCAAGAUAAGCUACAGCUAUAAUCAUAGUGUAAUAGCUCACAAUGUCUCUUUAUAUUGCUUAAUAACAAAUUCUAGAUCUGCAUGUAGAUUUUCCUUGGCAGCAAUUGUGAUCUACUAUAUAAAUCUGUCUUAAAGUUACAACCCACUGAAGUAAAAUAUUAACAUUAUCUGGCAAGGUAGCGAUGUUACGUAAAUUCUUCAAUAAUUUUUUAUAUGAAGUAUCUCAUUCAAGAACUAGAUUUGAUAAAAUGUAAUAUGUACAAAUGCAUAGCUUAAUUUUUUAAUAAAACAAUCUCAAUUAUUAGCUCAUAUUGCAGAAUUCUUGUGUGCUUAUGUAAAGCAAGUAUGUAGGUUGUUUCAUGGAUCUGUAAAAUAUCUAUCAAUGACUUGAGUCCCAGCUGUAACAGUAACUGGGAUACGAGUCUGGUGCCAAAGUUACAAUGACAAAACCAUCAUAAAAUAGGGAGAGGAAAAACUGCAAUUGCAGAGUGUGUCCUUGACAAAAGUGCCUUAAUUUCACACAAAACUGUAUGAAAUGCAUGCUGAUUUUCUGUAACCCACUUCUAAAUCUAAUGUGCAUGGUGUUGAUUGUGAGUCUGCAUUAAUAUUAUUGCUUGGAUCUGAUGGCUUUCUUCUGUCUUUGUUUCUUCCAUCAUAUCCAUGCUUCUUGCUUUGCUGAUUUUCUAGAUGGUUUCUUACUAUGGCUCUUGGAAUUGAGUUUCCUUAUGAAAUAAAAGCUAAUCUUAAGUAAAAA